CACGAAUUAAACCUAUUUGGAGAACUAAACGAAACUAAAGUUGUAUCCCCAAACACAAAAUGCAACAUUCAUAAUCAUCAUUUGGGGGUCAUUAAUGUCUCUGGAACUUCCGGUGUUUGACAUUUCAAAGCCUCUAAGCGAGUCAUCAUUGACGUCACUACAAGAUGCGUGUAAGGAGUGGGGUUUCUUCUACGUAACCAACCACGGCGUCUCCCGCGACAUGUACAAGAAACUCCGGAGAUUCUCAACCGGAGUUUUCGAGCUAGAAGAUGAGGAGAAAAUGAAAAUGGGAGCGUCUAAUUACACUCCCCGUUUCAUCGCAUCGCCUUUCUUUGAAAGCCUUCGUGUCUCCGGUCCCGAUUUCUAUGCCUCGGCCAAGUCUUCCGUUGAUGCUUUUUCCGACCAAGCUACCGAUGAAGAGUUCAGUGGGUUGAUGAAAGAAUAUGGAGAAAAGAUGACGAAACUAUGUGAGAAGAUAAUGAAAGCAAUCCUCUCUAGCUUCGGAGACGAUCUUCAUCACAAGUAUUACGAAUCUGAGUUUGGAAACUGUCAUGGCUACUUCAGGAUCAACAACUACACAAUCCCUUCAGACCAAGAAGAUGAUCAUCACAACGGUGAUGAGCAAGAUUUGAUCGAAGGGCUAGGAAUGCACACUGACAUGAGUUGCAUCACGAUCGUUGACCAAGAUGACAUCGGAGGUCUUCAAGUCAGAACCAGAGAUGGGAUUGGUCUGAUGGAUAUCAACCCUAAAGAUGAAGCACUCGUUGUCAACGUCGGAGAUCUAUUGCAUGCAUGGACCAAUGGACGGCUGAGAUCGUCUCAACACAGAGUUAUCUUGAAACGACGUGGUUUCGUUGGUAAUAGAUUCUCACUUGCUUUUUUUUGGUGCUUUGACGAUGGGAAAGUCGUGUUUGCCCCUGAUGAAGUCGUCGGAGGUUGUGAGGGUAUGAGGGUAUUUCGAUCAUUUAAAUGUGGGGAUUAUUUGAGGUUUAGAGAGAGUAAUGAGAAAGGGAAGUUCGAGAAGGUUGGGGACACGGUCGAAGACUUUGCACGAAUUGAAGACCGUCGUUAAUUAAUUUUUCCCUAAAAUGAAAUAAUAUUAAUAAUUUUUUUUUGACAUACACUGAGUAUAUUUGUGUAUUUUUCCAAGAUACGAAAUAGUCAGAAAAACAAAAAAUUAGUCAUAAAUAGGCUGAUAAUGUUUAAACAUGCUA